CCCGCUUUGUUGUUGAACACCAUCAGCGCCCUACAUGGACUCAACACCAGCAUUUAGUGUCCCUGCAUCGAGCGGUACCAAAUGCGCAUCGUCUUCCCCCAUCAGCGUUUUUGAGGAUCACCCACACAGCACAAUCGACAUCGUGGUAAUUUGCAGCUAUUCACCCUUAUUUCCAGGACAACGAGAACAGCAAAAAGACUGCUGUGAGCGAUUGAAGGCUGCAAAGUUACCGGCAAGAAUUCUGACCUUUAUCUGUGACGAUCGAGGGUCUGAAAGCCGGUAUGGUGCUGAAGAAGCCGCUAUCCUCUACCAAUCUUUGUCCUCGGAGCGCGAGGCCUCGGGAAGAACUGAGAGUCAGAUUAUUUUCAUCUCAACUCACCGCUGCGAGCGCUGGGUUACCUUAGGAAUCCUGGUUGCCAGUUUUACUGUUAGUCCUGAAUCUCCCGUCGAAGGAAUAAACGUUAGCAGCGUUCAUUCCGCUUCAAUCGUACGCUCAACUAUUGGCGUACUGCACUUCCCCCCUUCUCAAUAUACCUACCACCAACGUAUCCUCGAAACGGCUACUCUAGUAGUUCUACAAUGUGUCGGCGUCAUUGUACUGCAAUGCAGUGACCCUUCAUCGGGCUAUUCAAUCAGCUCAUCUCAGUCACCACUAUUUCCCAUAGGCCUCUUCAUCUACAUAUUUAUAUCGGACCGUCCCCAUCCCCGAACAAUUGCUUGCUGGUUUGGCAUUGAAGCCAUUCUUUGGUUCUUCCAGAACUCCUCUGACAUACGGAUUAUCGACUUGGUUCUAAGAUACACUACACUGGGGCUCUUCCCAGUCUACUGCUGUUUUCUGGCUGGGCUACAAUUCAUGGUCAAUCGUAACGAUCAGCUGCAAUGGCUGUUUGUUGGUAUGAGCAUCGUAGCCGUCAUCACCAAGCAUUGGCUGUCUUCCGCCGAAUUUUUCGCUAGCCCAAAAACCCUCAUUUUCACGCUCUUGCUUGCUAUCAUAGCUUCUAUGGUGUGCAGCGCAUGUUUGCAUUGUGUUUGGCGGUUUCUUUCAGGUACUAGAGAACUUGAAAGGCAAGUGAGGUUGUUAGUACAUCGCGCUAGUAAGAUGGCGCCGGGGGAUCUUCCGCCUUUGCCAAACAUAAUUGUGGAAAAUGGGAGCGUUUUCGCAGCACUAGCUGGCCGAGGGUCUACUUAACUAAUGUCAAUCCAACCGUACCGGGACGCCCGGUGUAACGGGACACAUUUUCUUUCGGCCGCUCGGAUUGUCCCUAACGCGCUUGUAUAUAGACAUGCGCAGUGCACAUCCAUUUUGCAGCUCUUAUUUUCCCAAUACAUCAGCCUCCAGCGCCAAAAAGCGCGUUACUGACCAUGCUGUCGCUCGUUCUGUUAGUGCCAUCCAUCAACUCUUCUCCAAUUACCCCUUGCUCGUUUGUGACAGUCUACGUUUGUGGAGAGCUCGGUGGGCUAGAAAGGAAGUCAGAAUUGCAAAGAUCAAGACUGC